AUGCAACCGGCUGGCUUCAAGGCUGAGAAUGCCUUGAAUAACCCGUCCUCGUCCAUGGGUAUGUCUGGUCCGGCGUACGCGGGAGAAAUCCCACCUCGGGAUAGGGUCAACCACAGGCUAGAAGCUGCGAAACAGGAUAUGCUACCGCGGGUCAAGUUGGAGAUACCCAGUAUCAACCAGCGCCCCUUUUCGCCUGCUCAGCCCCUGGUCGGGCCCGGACAUCUUGAUGAGACAGCUGGUUCUUCGUUUGGACAUGAUCACCGGGAUGAGCACGAACGGGAGGAGACGAUUAGUCCUGAUGAUGAUAAGGAUAUGAUGGGGAGCGAUGACAACAAUAGAUCGCCGUCGUUGGAGAAGAAGAAAAUGAAGCGAUUCCGCUUAACACAUAACCAAACACGUUUCCUGAUGAGCGAGUUCACUCGCCAGGCACAUCCAGAUGCUGCUCAUCGAGAGCGCCUUUCGAGAGAGAUCCCUGGUUUAACUCCUCGUCAAGUACAAGUCUGGUUCCAAAAUAGACGAGCAAAGCUCAAGCGUCUGACCACGAAUGAUCGCGAGAGAAUGCUUAAAUCUCGGGCCCUCCCUGACGAUUUCGAUACCACAAAAGUCCUUCGCACGCCUUUUGAAGGCAAGUCAACAGGUGUUACUCCAGUGGCGUCUCCACAAGGCUACGCAGCCCCAAAUCCGGAUUUCGGGGCCUUGAGAACACUGCGUACUGAAUGUUUCCCCCGACCAAAUGAAGACGAGUACCUCGUUUCGCCUCUCAGCUCUGCGUCGACCGCAGGAACCUACAUGUCCUCGACUGCGGGACGAAAUGACGGUCUGAAUCAGUCGAACAUGAUGUUCCGUCCUGCAGCUUCUGCCUCCAUGAACGAUUUGCAUAGAACCAUUCGCAACGAUUACCCUGUCACCAGAUCGAGCAGCCUAUCCGAUGCUUCUGCUCACCCUUCUCCUUACGCAUAUCAGAUGCCCAACCGCUUCGCAGGACCUCAGGCAAACCAGCCAGGUCUGCCUUAUAUGAGACGUCCCAUGGAAUAUUCUAUGCCACGGCACCAUGGCAUGGCUGCACCUUAUGACCAGCACCAAACUUUCGAGGGCUCAGUGUCCCCAACCGACUCACAGGGGGCACAUAUUACAUACGACAUGAACAAUCUCGGCUCGCAGCCGCAAAAUUACCAGCUGGGAAUGGGCUCUCAGCUACCAUCACAAGGACGACCCAUGUCCACCAUGCAGAACAUUCCAGUCUCAGCUCCCCAAGAGUACCGAUCCUACCCAUAUGAGACUCCUUCGGCCAUUCCCUACACACAAGCCAAUACCUCCAACAUGAACCUUCCCGCCUCUUUCCCUUCUGAGUCUGGUCCUGCGGGACACGAUCAGAUGCAAACGCCAACUUUGGACCCUCUGCGAAAUAAAUUCGGGAACUCGUCUUACAACUAUCCUAACUAUAUUCAGCAGUGA